UCAACUCAUACAUGCUAACCCAUGUAGGCAUUUUCCAUUUGCCUUUUUUUAAUGUGAAUGUGAAUUGUUCCUAUAUCGAUUUAGUUAAUUAAUUUAGUUUGCAGAUAAUUUUUAAUGGCUGGAUAUUCUCGUUUAAAUUGUGAACCAGCCGAUGAUACAGUAACAGUAUUGACGGAAUUAACAUUAUGUCGCAAAUAUAUUCGUAUUGCAAAUGUUGUGGCUCUGUAUUGGUUCAUAUCGAUAACAAUGGUCUUUCUGAACAAACAAGCAUUGAAUCAAGUGAAUGCUCCAUUUUUUGUUACUUGGUUUCAAUGUUUGGUCACUGGAUUAAUGCUGUUCAUAUUCCGUAUAUUGGCUGAUUGGCGAUCAUCAAAACGAGCAAACAACAAAAUCCAUGAUUCAUUGAUUAAUGAUAAUGAUGUUAUAAGUCGUUUUUUGCUCAUUCCAUGUUGUCAGAUUCGUUUAAAUGUUGUCAAAAGAAUAUUACCAUUAUCGGUAGUGUUUGUGGCCAUGAUCUCGUUCAACAAUCUUUCAUUACAAUAUGUCGGCGUUGCUUUCUAUUUCGUUGUUCGUUCACUGACACCUGUAUUUAAUGUAUUAUUUUCUUACAUUGUUUUGCACAAAAAAACUUCCAUCCGUUCUAUACUAUGCUGUUUAGGCAUCAUAUUUGGUUUUGUAAUGGGCGUUGACCAGGAACAAACAUUGGGCACAUUAUCAGUGAUGGGGGUAUUGUGCGGUAUAAUGGCAUCAAUGUUUGUCUCGUUGAAUUCAAUAUUCGUGGCCGACAUGUUAAAGGUGGUCGACCAGAAUGUAGCCUUAUUAGCUUAUUACAAUUCGAUUAUUGCGGUCAUACUAUUCAUACCAUUUAUAUUAAUGCAUAAUGAAUGGCAAAUGAUCAUUGCACAUUUGGGAGAUCAUAACUUCUGGCUAAUCAUGAUCACAGCUGGUAUAUUCGGUUUAUUGAUAAGCAUAGUUACCAAUUUACAGAUUCAGUAUACUUCACCGUUGACGCAUAACAUCAGCGGUACGGCCAAAGCUUGCAGUCAAACAGUAUUGGCCACUUAUGUUUACGAACAGCACAAAACAUUUAACUGGUGGCUAAGCAAUAUGAUCGUAUUGGCCUCGUCUGCUAUGUAUACUUUCGUACGACAACAGGAAAUGAAACAAACAUUCAAACAAAACCAACAGCCUAUCGACAAUAUAAACCGAUCUGAUUCGGAAAAAGGUCAAACAAACGUCUAACAAUCUCACACACAUGCUCUAGUCAUUCUACUUUUUUACCUUCCGAGUUUUUGUAUGAAUUUGAAUUAAUUGUUCCAAAACUAUCAAUAAAAUUUUUUUAUUAAUUA